AUAAUAUAAGUUUCACGACAGAAGAACCACUAACAACAUCAAUAGUUACAAAUAAUUCUGCAGCAUUACAAUCUUCUUCAACAGCAGUUCAUUCAUCUCAAAUGUCAACUGUUCAGACAACAGACAAUACAAACACAAGAUCAACAAUAUUGCCUACAACUCUAAGUCAUAAAACAAACCAAAUAUCAACCAGCAGCACCACACACAUACCAACACCCGUACUAAACACGUCAACAUCUACAUUUCACCCCUUUACAGAAACAACACAUAAAGUCAUUACAAAUUCGACCAUCAGUUUUUCCCCCUCCACAACAAAUGACACUCCAUUUUCAACUCCCGAGAACAACACAACCACCCCUGAUUGUGCAGCAGGGGACUGCCAGUGCAGUGGGAGCCCUUGUGGGUUCAACCCCGCGCUUGGCCAAUGCCAGUGUCACUGUGCAGAUUAUACCUAUGGAGAUACCUGUUUCCUUGGGCAGAACGUAUCAGCAGUCUUCAUUGAUGAUGAGGCAUUGCCAAAAAGAAAGGCAAACUUUUCCCUUACAAUCGGUGCGACAUUUGAGGAGGACUUCAAUGAUAUAAACUCUCCCCAAUCUCAGCGAUUCAUCCACACUCUGACAACUAAGCUCGAACCUCUGUGCAAAAUGGCAGACGCGCACCAGUUCAAACAAGUCAGGAUUGUGAAAUUAAAAGCAGGGUCUGUCAUCGCUGAGAUUAUAGUUGAAUACAACUAUCCAAACAAUGAAAGCCACAUCCAGUUCCUCAACAGUGAAAUUGAUGACGAAUUGAUGGAAAUCUUCGAUCCACUUGCCCUCAACACGAUAGGUCAGGCCUUCGGGAAUGUCACUAUCGAGCUCAAUGGUCUUCUCUUGCAACCAACCGUCAUUAGAAACGCCACUGACUUGGAGCCAUAUGUGAAGUGCCAGUAUGCCAACUACACCGCAAAAUUGAACAACGGUCGCUGGGAGUGUGUGGGAGCUUGUAAAAGAAUCCCCGGCUACUGUCAUCAACAUGGAGAAUGUCUGAAUCACAUUAAGGAAGGUCCUAUCUGUCGGUGCCAGUCAUCCGCCCUCCAGCAGUACUACGGCCCUCGUUGUGAAUCCUUCCGCUGGGGGGCGGGGUUCUAUGGGGCCUUGUUCGGGUCGCUGGCUGCGGUUCUCCUGCUACUGGUGACCAUCGUUGGGAUUCUUUGGUUUAAGAAGAGACGAUGCGAUUCUUGGUACAUAUGAAGAGGGAUGAGACACCAGUCCCCAUCUUAGUCCAGGACCAGAAAUUCUUAACACUGGUUACUGUAAUGUAGUUUGCACCAAUUAUAAGUAUUUGAUGUAUUGAUUUAAACCUGCACCAUGUCACAUUUCAGUCAUAAAAAGGUCGAACUGUAGAGCAAAUGGAAACAUCACUAUCACCUGCCUCCUCCAAAUAUGUGAAUCAUUGUCCUUUUUAUUUAUGUUCAUGCGUAUCUAUAAUCAUUGUCAAUCUAAAUAACUUGUUUCGAAUUAUUUUUCAUUUUUAUUUAUGUUCAUGUGUAUUUAAAGACAUUGGCAAUCUAAACAACAAGUUUCUUGCUUGCUUAAGGGCUACACUGAUAUGAAAUUAUUGAUGUACAAUUCUAACAAUGUUGUUUUAUGCCUUUAAAACUCAUCAAGUGUAUUAUGGCCUGUAAAGUUCCAACUAAGACUAAAUAAGAUUGAACUAAAAGAGCAGGCCAACAGCUGUUUCUUUCCAAAACCUGUACCCAAUACACGUUAUAAUACAAUAUACAAUGUGAAUCCAAUUAUGGUCAGGGGGGAUGAGAUAAGGGUUUUUGCCUUCACAGAGAUGUUCUGGGUUCAAACCACAGUGUCCUCAAUGUAGAGGUUUCUUAAAAUAAUUCAAUGUAAAUUGCCUUGGUUGAAAGCUUUACUAAAUUAAUAAAUAAUUACCAUUUCGCAUUUCCGAUCAAUUCUCUGUUAUUGUAGCCACACAACACCCAUUGUCCACCAGAGUGCGCAAAUGUUCCAUUAGAAUAUGAUUUGACGAU